AAUUAAAAUGAAUGUCGUUUCUGGACCUUGUUAAUUAAUUGCACCAGGUAGACUAGAUGUUUCCAGAGUUUUGAAGCUCAGUAAGUCAGACUCAACAUUGACCACCAAACAUCCAAUAAAUUGUGAAGUGGUUGCUCCCCAUUAUUUAGCGCCACUGUUUGAUAUAUGAACAUUGCGGAAAGUCUUUGUUCCAAAGUUUAACCUUUCCUGAUUCCAAUUAGUAAAAUACACCCUGUUGACCACCAAUACAGCAGUUGAUAAGUGUGGUACUGGAAAGGCACAGCAGGUCAGGCAGCAUCUGUGGAGAGAAGUCAGAGAUAAUGUUUCAGGUGAAGUGACCCAGCCUCAGAACUCAAUUGUCAGUCUUAUCACAAUGACGUUUAUUUAAUGAAGAAAAUGAAAGUGUCAAACUGGGGUUGAAGAUGUUCUGAAGGUAGACUUGCUUCACUUUUGACUGAAGUAAAGAAUGCUUUCUUUAACAUCCAGAACAUACUGAGACAAAAUAAGAAGUCUUCAAAUCCACUGGCAAAUGGCAGUUUUCCAAAUAAAACAGGAAAGCUUUUCUAAGCGUUGUGGAUUGUUAUCCGUGGGGAGACAUUACAUUACAGGCUAAUAACACCUUGCCUGUAAACCUGUAACGUAACAAAAAAGAUCUCCUAUUUACUGCCGUGUCAUAUAGAAAAUUACAUCAGGACACACCCUAGAAUAAUGAGAAGUGCAAAACUGAAACCCAGCCAAUAGAUUGUCCGCGAGCGACCGGAGACACUUCAGUUCUCAAUAGUUUCAGGGGCUUGGAAGUUGUAACUGCCGAAUUCGCCGAUUGACAAGUAAAUACACUCCAGGUGCAAUGGACUGGGGGACUCUGCAAGGUGUGCUCAGUGGAGUGAACAAAUAUUCAACCGGAUUUGGACGGAUCUGGCUCUCUGUAGUAUUCAUCUUUCGAGUACUGGUCUAUGUGGUGGCAGCAGAAAGUGUGUGGGGAGAUGAGCAGAGUGACUUUGAUUGCAAUACCCAGCAACCUGGCUGUCCAAACACUUGCUAUGACCAUUUCUUCCCCAUUUCCCACAUUCGGUUAUGGGCUUUGCAACUAAUCUCUAUCACCACACCUUCCCUGAUGGUAGUCCUUCAUGUGGCCUAUCGAAAAGAGAGGGAGCGGAAGCACAGAUUGAAGUAUGGCGAGAAUUGUUCCCAAUUGUACAGAAAUGCAGGGAAGAAACACGGAGGGCUCUGGUGGACGUAUUUGAUCAGUCUAGUAUUUAAAACUGGUUUCGAAAUCGCUUUCUUAUAUAUACUCCAUCGAAUUUAUGAUCGUUUUGAUUUACCUCGUCUUGUCAAGUGUUCCAUGUUCCCUUGUCCAAAUAUAGUUGAUUGUUAUAUUGCCAAACCAACGGAGAAAAGGAUCUUCACAUACUUCAUGGUUGGAGGAUCAGCUCUUUGUACCGUCCUUAACAUUUCUGAAAUACUAUACCUACUCUUCAAACGAUGUUUUCGAUGUUGCAAAAGGAAAAAUGAAAGGGAAGAAGACACCGUGGCAAAGCCAAGAGGAAGACUUCUUCAUAAAGAUACUGUCGAGAAUGGAAUUUGUCUGGAGGAAUACAUCCACAAGGCCUAACAAGCACUGUUGUCAAUCAGUAUCAACAUCUUUUUCAAUGACAUGUUUUGGAAAAGCUUAAUAUGAACAAAAUGUUCUUAUUUUUACCAGAAGAGAUACAAUGCUUAUAAACAAAUAAGACUCUGUGAGCAAGUAUUGCAAAAGCCAUCUAUAUCAGACUGGCUAAGAACAUUCAUACCAAAUUCAAUUUGAUUCUUACCUUUCUAUGUCUGUUUGAAUUUUAUUUUUACUGUAACCUUGUAUUAUGAGCAAGUUCAACACGUAGCUUCAACACCGUAUUUGAGGCUAGUCUUUGAAUUAACUCUAAGGUUAUCAAUCCACAUCCUUACGAUGACAAGUUACCAAUGGAAAGUGGAAGCAUUGUUCGAGUUUGUAUUUUCAUUGGACGAGCAGAUUCAUAGCUUAUGGAACAUUACCAUUGAAUAAGCAACAGCAUGAAUAGAGCUUACUCAUGAAGGGACAGUUCAGGAUUUGGAGAAAAUUAAUUCAUCAAUAGAGUAAAAAGGACAUGAGCAGAGCAUAGGCAAGCAAGUGAAGAGCAGAAAGCACAUAACCACGACAGGUUUGACAUACUCAGACACGAAGAACAAUUGCAGCAGGAAAUCUUGAACUAUCAGAAGGAAAGCGAGAAGUAUUGUGGAGGAUUAUGUGAUAUUUGAAAUAAUAGACAAAUUACAUCAUGAACUGUACAAUAUGCCAGUACAGAGAAUCACAGAAAAUCUCCUGAUUAAAAUACGCUGUAUAAAUCAAUGAACCUUAUUGUAAGAGCAGCAAAUUUCACAAAUUUCCAAAAAAGAUCUCCAAAAUUAUAAGUAUUGGGAACAGAACUUGAUUCAUACAGUCACCAUUGAACAUGCCUCAGAUUUUCAGCUCAGCAAUCUCAACUGAGUUGUUCAGUGCUGAAACAUUGCUGUAUUGUUGGAAGUGCCACUUUUCUGAUGAGGUGUUAAGUCAAGGUCUUGACGCCCCCUCAGGUGGAUGUAAAGGAUUUUAGUGCACCAUUUUAAAGAAGAGCUGGGUAGAUAAUUCUGGUCAAUAAUAAUUCCUGGUGAGCAACUAUGUUAAAAGAGUGUUGUUUGUGGGAUCUUCCAGUGCACAAUUCACCUCAUGUUUUCUACAUUACAACAAGUGAAUACAGGCACAAGACAAAUCAAAACAUUUCUUUCUUCUUGAGAUUUAAGCUGGGUGACAGUGGAUACUCAAGUUUUAGAAAUAAGGAUGCUGCAGUUGUCAACAGUUUGGAAAUAUUUGUGGUAAUAUAUCAAGAAGCAGAGAAAGAGGAAUGUUGCCAUGGUGCACCCAGACCAUAGGGCUGCUCUCUUAUUAGAGAGAGAUGACGGGAAUGUGGUUAUAUGAGUGAAAGAAGUGUCUGGUAUGUAGAUCAUGUGGUGCUGACAAGCACAUGGAGCACAGAAAAUAGAGAAUGGAAAAAUACAUCACUGCCAGAUUAGCAUUCAAUUCUUAUUUAUUGGAGAGCUGCAUAUGCAUUAUCAACCAGUUUUACACUGUCAGUGAUGACACUCAGUGCAAUCGGGUCUGUCUUCCCCCUCAACUAUCAUUAUUAAGGUUAAGAGAAUGGCACAAUACAUACAUAUGGAUACCAGAUUAAAUAAUUAACAGCGCCAAUUGCAACAAAAACAAUUUUAAUUGUACUGUGUACGAAACAAAACCUUUGGCACAAAUUGCCACACUGCCUGCAGACAGAAUCAAAUAAUAAUCAAGGCUAUAUAUAGUGUUAUUUCUUUUACUUUAUAUAUUUGUUUACAGAAUGUGUUCAUAUCACUGGUAAAGCCAGAAUGUAUUCCCCAGCAUUCAACUGUGUGGCUUGCUUAGCUAUUUCAUUAGGAGAAAGUGAGGACUGCAGUUACAGGAGAUCAGAGUCGAAGAAUGUGGUGCUGGAAAAGCACAGCUGGUCACACAGCAUCCAAGGAGCAGGGUAAUCGAAGUUUCAAGCACAAACACAUCAUCAGGAAUUCCUGAUGAAGAUCUUAUGCUCAAAAUAUCAAUUCUCCUGCUCCUCGAAUGCUACCUGACCGGCUGUGCUUUUCCAGCACCACAAUCUUUGACUUAGCUAGUUCAUUACUCUGCAUUGCAAUAAGUCUGGAGUACCAUUCAGACAUCUUUCUUCAAGAUAAAGAAGCCUUGCCUGAAGUUUGGACAUUAAAUUAAAGGGGUUUUUGCUUGGUCACUAUUAUUCAAAAGAGUUUUUUAAUUCCAAUUUUUUUUAAAAAACUGAAAUAUAAAUAAACCAGAUGCCACAGUGUGAUUUGAAAUCAUGUCAUUCAAUCAUUAGUCAUGGCUUCUUUUAUUACUACCUCAAUAACCAUUCCCUCACCACUGGAUUUAGUUGAAAAUUUUCCCAUAAUAAACCAUAUCAAUAGGGUACAUCAUUAUUCUUGAUACAGAUAGUUACAGAUUUAAAUGACUUGUAUUGUUAUAAUUUCCUCGAAUUUCUGCAGUGGUCCUCAAGACAUUCACUGAAAAGGGGGAGUGACUUGUUGACAUGGUAUGAUCUAUUGAAAUCAAAACAAGAUUGAGCAUUCAGAAUUAAUCUAACUGAUCUUUGUUAUCGUUUACAAUAUUGCAGAGAACUGCUGGAGGACUCAGAAUCUGUAAACAACUCAAUCACUGCUCAGGCUUGUGAGAUGGUGGCACUUCAAAUGAUUUCUGUUAUAAACUCAGUUGUAAAUGGAAGCCCCAGUUAAACAGUAUAACACGUGAUUUGACAACUAGGCAUGUGCCGAUUUCCCCAACUGAUACCAUUUUAUAUUAAUAUUUAUUGAAUUUUCUGCACUAAUCAUGGAUUGCAGAUAUUAAAUAUGGCUAAGAUUGUGCACAAGAGAGAAUCUCUUAUUAUUUAUUUACAAUAAGAUUUCAGUACAAGCUCUGUCAAAUUGGACUUGGCCUGAUAUUCUGGCUGUACACACUGCAAUCCAUACCUAAGUUAUCAAGAUGGAGCCAAUACUCAUGAGCAUAUCUCUGCAAAAUAACCCAUUCUCUUAUCAAUGGAGUCCCAAAACCUUAAAUAUGUAAGAGACAUUGUCUAUGUCACUCUUUACCCAUUAUUAUAACCACUGUUAUGAAUUUAAUUAUCCUUCAGCACUGAGAUUUUGUGUAACUUAGAUAUCCAGUGCCAAAAUCCAGAAUCAUUUAUUACUAUAAAUCCAAAUCAUCAUUCUUUAGUUCCAUCCUUUCAGAACCACGGCCACACAGUGAAGCUCACUGACAUUAGGGACAUCACACCAUUUACACUCCAUACUAUUAGCAUACUAUGUAAUAAUAAUGUAAUGAAGAAUAAUUUUAUGAAAGAAAUUGCCACCCCUAAUUGGUAGUUGCCCAUAAGAGAAAGCUGAAUGUUUGAACUUGAAAGGGCAAUGGUGUCAUUAUCUAUUAUUAGAUCGUAUCUAGCAAUGAAAAACUCAAACUGUGACUGGAAGUGCCCAUUCAAACUUUGUGUCAAAAGAAGGAAAUAGCUCUGGAGUCUGAAUUUCAGACAUAAAGAUUCUCAAAAAGUAUAUAUUUUUUUCUAUCUUUGUUACAUAUUUAGUACAUCUGAUAUAUUGUUACUGCUGUCUACGUUUUCUAAAUAAAUAGCUUUAAAUAUAUGGAGUCACAAACUGAA